AUGAAGAUCGGUCUGGCACAAGCUGAUCAAUCUUCCCUCAUCAUCAGAACUGGUGGCGAUGUUGAAAUUAUUCCGGACAGGGAAGAGGCUGGAAAUGGUGAUGCCAAGGCUCUUAAACGCAAAUGGGCGAUCAUGGAAAAUCAAUUCUCAGGCAGUGGUGAUCAGGGAAUUGAAGAAGUCCAAUUUGAGCAGCAAAGCAAUAUUGAAACACCUGAGGUAACUGAUGAGGAUGCCAAAGAUCUUAAGGAUAAAGAGGAAGCUAUAGAGAAUGAGACUGUGGGCCAUGGCGAUCAGGGAACUGAAGAAAUUCUUGGCCAAUUUGAGCAGCAAAGCAAUGUUGAAACACAUGAGGUCACUCAUGAAGAUGCCAAAGAUCUUAAGGAUAAAAAGGAAGCUUUAGAGAAUGAGACUGUGGGCCAUGGCGAUCAGGGAACUGAAGAAGAUCUUGGACAAUUUGAGCAGCAAAGCAGUAUUGAAACACCUGAGGUCACUCAUGAAGAUGCCAAGGAUCUUAAGGAUAAAGAGGAAGCUAUAGAGAAUGAGACUGUGGGCCAUGGCGCCCAGGGAACUGAAGAAAAUCUUGGCCAAUUUGAGCAGCAAAACAACACAGAAGAUGCAGAGAAUGCGAAUGGGGAAGAGGAUGAUGUGAGAGAAAUUGUCAGUGAAGAAUUUUCUCAGAAUAGUCAAACAUGGAACCAGGACACAGUGGAACAGGAAGACACAAGCAAGAGGAACGUUGAAGAGGAUGAUGGAAGAGAAAGUGCGAGUGAACAGUUUUUUCAGAACAGUCAAACAGGGAACCAUCACACUUUGGGACAAGAAUAUGCAACUCAGACCCAAUGUUUGGUGAUUUAG